AUGUCUGCACCCAUUUUACACGCGCACUGUCCCAAUCCCUCUGUGGGCACGUUGAACAACUUGCUGGGCUCCCUGUUACAAACGCUCAUCACAGCACAAUGUGCAAUAUCUGCAAAGGAGAACUGGCCCGAGGACUAUGGCGAUUUGGCGCUGGAAAAGGGCUUGGAGGCGUACGACUUUGUUGUGGUUGGCGCUGGGUCGGCAGGUUCAGUAGUUGCUAGUCGUUUGAGUGAGAACCGCAAUUGGAAGGUGCUCGUGUUGGAGGCCGGCGGUGAUCCGCCACAGGAGUCUGAGAUGCCCAGUAUAUACUCAUACGGAAUGUUUACGAAUUUCAACUGGCACUACUACACUGAGCCGCAGACAUCCGCCUGCUAUGCGGCGCGUGAUCGCUCAUGCUACUGGCCUCGCGGUAAAAUGGUUGGCGGCACGGGCGGAAUAAAUGGUAUGCUUUUUCUGCGUGGAAAUCGACGCGACUACGAUAGCUGGCUUGCGAAAGGCAAUGUAGGCUGGGGUUGGAAUGAUGUGCUGCCCUAUUUCCGAAAAGCUGUAACGCCGGUCGGCAAUAGCACCAAUCCAAUGGGCCAUGUCGUACUCAACGAUUUCAAUUUCUACUACGAUGAUUUAUUGAAUUUGAUUUGUAAUGCCUCGGCAGCGCUAGGCGUGCCGCGCGUCCAGCGAAUCGGCGAUGAAGGCGCUGCCAUUGGUUGUACACGUGCGCCUGGCACGGUGGAAAAUGGCAAAC